CUGAAGUUACCACAACAGGAAGCGUCACUGCGCUAAAAACAUUGGAGUAGGAAAAGUGCAACAAAACGCUGUCGAACACGAAGCUGCAGGAAUGUUUCGUUUUAAGAAAAUGUGUUAAUUUGUGAAAUAAUAUUUUUAUAAUCCACAACUUGUCUUCAUUUGAUCGUCAUCCAUCUUGAGAACUGUCGAAUUUGCGUCACUAGCAGCCCUCGAUAGAUCGGUUGUGUUGACCAAAAUGGAUGACAGCAAGAUGGUGGGAGGCAAAGUCAAGAAACCCGGUAAACGAGGCCGUAAACCCGCUAAGAUUGAUCUGAAAGCGAAGUUGGAGAGGAGCAGGCAGAGCGCCCGGGAGUGCCGAGCCAGGAAGAAGCUCCGGUAUCAGUACCUGGAGGAACUCGUGUCCAGCAAGGAGAGGGCCAUCUGCGCCCUGAGGGAGGAGCUGGAGAUGUACAAGCAGUGGUGUACAGCCAUGGACCAGGGGAAGAUCCCGUCUGAGAUAAAGGCCCUACUGACGGGAGAUGAACAGAAGCCUCCUCAGAGCUCCUCCACCAAGAGCUCCAAGAACAGCAACCAGAGCUAAUGUGUUGGGAGUGCCAGACCAGAACUAGUCUGACUGUCAGUUUGUUAGAGGUGGCAGCCCUGGGUUGUAUUCAUUAGGAAAUGAUAUCAAACGUUGUGCAACAGAAAACAGGGUGUUCAUAUAAUACCUACCCCCUUUUUUUCCAUCCUGUUUGUUGCCCUGGUGAAUACGACCCAGAGCGAGUCUGUCUGAUGAAAGGUUCCAGGCCAGAGCUAGGGCAGUAGGUACUCGGUCUGUCAUGCCUAGACCGCUCCACUGUAUAAGGCCUCUGUGACAGAGAGUGAAGAGGUGUCUCACCGGUCUGUCUGUUUCAGCCCCCUCUAGAGGAGACGCGCAGCAACAGAACUGUCAGAGACACAUAUCAUUACUAACGCUGGAGGACCUUCAGAAGUAAUAGCUUGUAUUAUUUACAGUUGUAAUCCACAUCACUGGCCUGAUUUAUCAUGCGUGGUUCACUAUUGCAACUCUUGGAUUCGUUAAUGUUAGUAAUGUGAAAUAUUGCUAUUAGUUGCAGCUAUAGACACCUUUAGACAGCCUUGUAUUAUUGAGCAGUUCAUUUUAAUUUCCUUCCUCAAUGUUUUAGCUUCUACGUGUGAGAAUUGAGGAAGCCUUUAAUGGUACAUGGAUGAAACCAGGACAGAAGAAGUUGAAAGGGUUUAGGCUGUGCAUGUCCUACCUGGCCUAGACAUUCAGACAAAACAAAAAAGCACAUAUUCACCUUCAAAUAAGGAAUUACUCUUUGACCUUUUAUUGGUUAGUUUGUGUUGGGAAAAGAGCAGAACAUAACAUCCCAAAUGCCACUCCAUUCCCUAAAUAGAGCCCUGGUCUAUAGUAGUACACUAUAUAGGGAAUAGGGCUCUGGUCUAAAGUAGUGCACUAUAUAGGGAAUAGGGCUCUGGUCUAAAGUAGUGCACUAUAUAGGGAAUAGAGCCCUGGUCUAAAGUAGUGCACUAUAUAGGGAAUAGAGCCCUGGUCUAAAGUAGUGCACUAUAUAGGGAAUAGAGCCCUGGUCUAAAGUAGUGCACUAUAUAGGGAAUAGAGCCCUGGUCUAAAGUAGUGUACUAUAUAGGGAAUAGGGCUCUGGUCUAUAGUAGUGCACUAUAUA